AUGUCCGCUCUGUUGCGGGACGCCCCUGUGGGCCAGGUGAUCCGUUUUGUCACAAGAAACAAGUACUUCCAAUAUCCAGAGGAAAGAUCCGACUUUGUGCUGCCUGAAUCAUAUCAAUCCCACAAGGUUGGUGCACCAGCACACCAACCACAGCCAAUCCCCUCCGUGCCCGAAGAUGUCGAGAAGAAAGCCGAUGACGACUCGGACGAUGCCCAGAGCCUUACCGCAACCAGAACAGCCGCAGAUCGCGAGUCGGUUGCCCUUUCAGAUCGCACCCUGUCCAAAAUCAUGACUCGACCCGAGCUGAGCCAAGUCAACACCCGCGCCGAUCUCGAACAAGCCUAUUCCAACGCCACGCGACAGGAGACCCUGAAGAACCAAGCAAGUCGGCCCAUCGCCCCUCAAGUCGCCUCGGAUGGUACCAUCCUGGUCGAUUGGUAUGCAACCGACGACCCGGAGAACCCCCAGAAUUGGUCCAGGGGCAAGAAGACCAUUGUCGUCCUACAGAUCUACCUCUAUACGCUUGCCGUCUACAUGGGAUCGGCCAUAUUCACUCCGUCUGAACCCGUCAUUGUCGAGAAAAUGGGUGUCUCUCCAAACGUCGCGGCGCUGGGUCUGUCGAUGUACGUUCUGGGAUACGGCAUCGGGCCUCUGAUCUUCAGCCCUCUCUCGGAAAUUCCCAUCAUUGGCCGCAAUCCGCCUUAUAUGAUCACCCUGGGAAUCUUUGUCGUUCUUUCCAUCCCCACCGCCGUCGUCAACAGCUUCCCUGCGCUGGUAGUUCUGCGUUUCCUGCAAGGCUUCUUCGGUAGUCCCUGUUUGGCGACCGGUGGUGCUUCCAUUGGCGACAUCUACUCGUUGCUGAAGCUGCCAUACUUCCUCACUGGCUGGGCCGCAUUCGCUACAGCUGGCCCGGCUCUUGGCCCAAUCAUUUCCGGUUUCUCGGUCCCUGCGACCAACUGGCAUUGGUCUCUGUGGGAGAUUGUCUGGCUCGCCUCUCCGGUCUACAUCUCUCUCCUGUUCCUGCUGCCGGAGACUUCUGCCUCCAACAUCCUGCUACGCCGCGCUGCGCGUCUUCGUAAAUUGACGGGCAACAACAACCUCAAGUCGCAGUCCGAAAUUGACCAGGAGAAACUGACUGUCAACGAGGUGGUGAUUGGCAACCUUUGGCGACCAGCCCAGAUUAACAUCCUGGACCCUGCCGUGCUCUUCACCAGUCUCUACACAGCCCUGAUGUACAGCAUCUUCUACUCUUUCUUCGAAGUUUUCCCCCUUGUGUAUGCGACUGGAAACCCAGGCAAGGCCACCCAUGGCUACGGCAUGAACGGAGGCGAGAUUGGUCUGAUCUUCCUGUCCAUCUCGGUCGGUGUCAGCAUUGCAAUUGCGCUCUACGUCACCUAUCUGCACUUUGUGUUUGAGCCGGAGAUUCGCACCAGAGGUCUCGGGGAGCCUGAGAGACGUCUCAUCCCUGCCCUUCCGGCUAGUCUACUUUUGCCGAUUGGGCUGUUCUGGUUUGCAUGGACUGGGAAUAACUCACCAAAGAUCCACUGGAUUGUGCCCACGCUCGGUGUCGUUGUGUUCACUGUCGGCAUCUUCGUCCUCUUCCAGUGUAUCUUCAUCUACAUCCCCUUGACAUACCCCCAAUACGCCGCAUCGCUUUUUGCGGGCAACGACUUUGCCCGUUCGUCAAUUGCGGCUGGUGCAAUCCACUUCUCCCGUCCUUUGUUCCACAACUUGGGUGUCGGCAGUGGUGUCAGCUUGCUCGCAGGGCUCACUGUCGGCGGCAUUGUCGGCAUCUUCACGUUGUGGAAAUUUGGUGCAAACCUGAGAGCCAGAUCUCGGUUUGCUGCUAAAUAA